AUGGCGAAGCUGCGGGCCAAGGAGGGCUGCCCCUGGGACCGGGAGCAAACCUGGCAAUCCCUCCGCCGCUAUGUGCUUGAGGAAGCACACGAAUUGGUGGACGCCGUGGAUCGCGAGGAUCCGUCUGCCGUCCUCGAGGAGUGUGGCGACCUGCUGCUCGAGGUGGUCUUCAUGGCUCAGAUCGCCCAUGAGGAGGGCCGUUUCGGGAUGGCGGAGGUGGCCCGCGGGAUCACGCGCAAGUUGAUCCGCCGCCACCCCCACGUCUUCGGAGGGCAGGAGCGCGCCUCGAAUGCGGACGAAGCACUCGCGAGCUGGGAAGCGAUCAAGGCCUCUGAAAAGUCCAGACGCCCCGAUCCCCUGCCCCGGGAUCCCCUGCCCCGGGGUCUUCCGGCACUGUUGCUCGCGAUGAAGGCCAUCGAACGCACCGCGGCCUCCAGCCAGGGGGCCGGGCCGGACCAGAACUCCAUUCUCGCCGCACUCACGAAGAUGAAGGCCGCGCGGCGGGCCGAAGAUCGAGACGCAGCCGAAACCGCACUCGGCGACCUCCUGCUCGCGGUCGCGCGGGGAGCCCGGCAGGAUGGAUUGGAUCCCGAAUCGGCCCUCCGGAACGCGGUUCGCCGCAUGCCCUGA